CAUUAUGAUAUGAUUUCAUUAAAAUAAAUGGGAAACAAAUAAUCGUAGUAAUCUUUAUCUAAGUCGAAUUCAGAAAUUAAAGUCUUUGAUGUUAAGAAAUGCAUAAGUAUUAAAAGAGACCCAAUCACAGGAAAAUUGAUUGGGGUUCCUAGAGAAUGGGCAUCUCAUCUUGAUGCUGAUCAAAAACAAAUUGUGGAGACUAACGAAUUUCCUGAAGAAGUGAGAACUCAUAAAUUACCAGAGUGUAUUUUAGAAAUACAGAAUUUAAUCUAAAACUAAAAGAAUUUGAAAGAGGAAUUAAAAAUUGAUUAAGAUGCAAAUUUAGGUCUUAAGGGUCUUAAUGUAGAAAUAGAAAAAGAAAUACAUAAUAGUGGUGUAAGUAGAAAUGAAAUUGCCAAAGAUACUGUUAAUUUUAUCUCUAUACUUGAAAUAUAUGAUGGAAAAGAAUUAUCAUUUAAAUAAAAAAUUAAUGAGGUGACGUAAACUGAGUUUUUAAUUGAAAAUCCUGCUCAAAAUUAUAUAUUCAAUGAAUAAAUAGAUAAAGGGGUAAAUUGUAAACUUUAUAAAAUCAUUGAUAGAAGACUAAAUAAGGUUUUGGCUGCUAAAGUAUUUAAAUUUUAUGAUAAUUUUAAUUGUUAUCAAUUGAAAAGAGAAAUAACUUUAAUUCAACAAUUAGAGUGUCCAUAUGUUAUAAAAUAUUAUGAAACUUAUCUUUAUAGUGGAUGCUUGUAAUAUUAUCAAAUAAUAAUAAUUUUAGCUUCAUAAUAUAAGAGUAUAUGAAUUUUGGGAACCUAAGAAAAUUGAUGAAAAUUUAUGAAAAGAAGAUUGAGGAAUCAAUAAUUGGAUAUAUCCUUUAUCAAAUAAUGUUAGCUUUAAAAUAUUUGCAUUUUAAAGGCAAGAUUCACAAACAUUUAAGUUCUAAAAAAGUAUUAAUUAAUGAUAAAGGUGAUAUUAAAUUAUUGAUAAUGGAUUACAAAAAUGAAUUUAAAAAAGAUAAGGAUCCUUAUUGGAUUGCUCCAGAAAUAAUAGAAAAAUAAAUUAUAUAAGAAACAUCGGAUAUUUGGUGUUUAGGAAUUAUAGCAUUUGAACUUUCAGAAUAAAAUCCUCCAUAUUUUAAUGAACAUCCUAUAAGAGUUAUGUACAAUAUAGUUAAUUAACCUGCUCCUAAAAUAAACAAACAUAGAAGCCAUAUAUUUUAAGAUUUUACUUAAUAAUGUUUAAUUAAAGUUAUUAUUAAUAUUAUUAUUAUUUUAGAAUCAUGAAAAAAGAACCUCAUUAAGAGAUUUGUUGAAACAUGAUUUUAUAAUUUAAAAUAGAGAAAGAGGUCGACAAAAGUUAAUUGAUUUAUUUAAGAAUGUAAACAUAAAUUAAAAUUCAAAAUUGAAAAAAAGCACUAGUUUAAAAUGA